CCCCCCUGUGCUCCGGCCCCGCCCCCGCUGAGCAGGCUCAUUAAAAGGCGGCAUUCGUCGGGCUGCUGGUUUAGUUCAGGACCUGCUGGAGCUCUGCACAGAGUGGACUUUACAGUGAGGGACACACCAUAUAUUUACAUAUCGAUAUAUAUACCAAUACACAGAUUUUGGAUCAUCUUUGACCUGAUAACUGGAAUAAUGAAGUCACCAAAGCUGAAAAAUCAAGCGAAAAUCGUGAACGAGGAGGACCUGGACGACGUGCUGUGCGAGUUCGACGCGGUGAUGGAAGACUUCACCUCUCCGGUGGAGAAGCGACACUUCAGGUACGACGAACACCUGAAGACCAUGAAGAGGAGGAGCAGCGCGAGCGUCAGCGACAGCGGCAUCAGCGACUCAGAGAGUGCAGAGUCUCUCAACAGAAACAGCUUCAGCUUCAGUGAUGAGAGGCUGAACUCUCCCACCGUGCUCUCCCCGACCACCAGCUCCCCUCCUCUGAUGUCCCCAAAACCCAAACUGGGCGACACUAAAGAACUGGAGGACUUCAUCGCCGACCUUGACAAGACAUUAGAGAGCAUGUGACACGGAGACUCACCGCCAUCUUGGAGCGUAGCCAUGAGGGAGUGGAGGUCUGGAGGUCUGGAGGUCUGGAGGUCUGGAGGUCUGGACCCCCCUUGGAGCAGAAGAACCACCCAACAGGAUACAGCUGGAUGGCACGGCAACUUCCAAGUGGCUCCAGGACGCCACCAGGUCUAGCCAGCACGCUACUAAAGUUAACCCAGCAGAGCUCUCCUCACUCCAGGCCACCUGGACUGCAACAAGGGUCAAAAUUAGCAUUGUAGGGACCCUGAGGACAAGAUUAGUCCAGCAGCCGUGAUGUCAUGGACUCCAGGAGACGUCCAUGUUGGACAUUCGCUGGAACAUUUGUUGUCAGAUUCACCGACCGGGCCACACUCCCUCCUUCUAAACUGGAGCUGGAAGAGUAUUUAAAAAUGGCUUUUUAUAAUAGAUAUAUAUUUGUAAUUUUAUAGAGCUUCUUAUUGUAAAUUUAUCAGUCUUUUUUGGGGGAAAUAUAUUUUUGUAUCUUAUGUAAAUAAUAAUUGCUUCAAAUUCUAUUUGACAGUCAGAUUAUUUGACACUCGUUGACUGGAAUAACGUUGGUUUCAUGUAAAUGUGAACUGAAAACUUAAUCCCUUCUGAAAAACUGGAAAGCUAUAUAUGUAUUUAAUACAGCUAAUGCCUGCCAGAGAUAAUAUUAAAGUAUGAAAUAUUGUUCUUUUAGUAA